CCCAUUUCAGGUGGCCAAUAGGAGGCGGUGUCUCGGCGGCAAUUUGGCGGUGGCUGCCCUUGGCUGUGGGGCGGGGUCCCGGGUCCUAGCCAGAGUCCGGGAAAGGGGCUGAGCUGUGAUGUUACAACCAUCUUUUCAUGGCAACGCUCCCAGCAUCUCCAUUUUCCAGUGGGGAAACUGAGGCCCAGUGUGGCUAAGUGACUUGUCUGAUUUGACACGGAGAGAUCCAAGAUUUGCCCCCCUGGCCUGUUUCACCACACCUGCCUGCCUGUUGAUUUUGGGAAGCCAAGCCAGCUAUCAAGAGCAUGCCUCUGUGCCGUUGGGGUGCCACCACCAGGGACAGCAGGCCUGAUGGGGAUGAGGCUCAGCCCAUGGUCUCCAGGGGAGGCCUAAAGGUCCUUCUGCACUGGGCUGGCCCUGAUGGCGGGGACCCCUGGGUCACCUUCAGCGAGGCCACACUGACCGCAGAGGAGGUCUGCAUCCACAUCGCACACAAAGUCGGCAUCACUCCAUCCUGCCUCAAUCUCUUCGCCCUCUUUGAUGCCCAGGCCCAGGUGUGGCUGCCCCCAAACCACAUCUUGGAGGUCUCCAGAGACACGAACCUGACAUUGUACUUCCGCAUGAGGUUUUAUUUCCGGAACUGGCACAGCAUGAAUCCUCAGGAGCCGGCCGUGUACCGCUGUGGGCCCACCAGGGCCAAGUCUUCCUCGGAACAGGCAGAGCAGGGGGUGCAACUCCUGGACCCAGCCUCCUUUGAGUACCUCUUUGAGCAGGGCAAGCACGAGUUUGUGAAUGAUGUGGCACCACUGUGGGAGCUGUCGAGCGAGGAGGAGAUCCACCAUUUUAAGAACGAGAGCCUGGGCAUGGCCUUUCUGCACCUCUGCCACCUCGCCCUUUGCCAUGGUAUCCCCCUGGAGAAGGUGGCCAAGAAGAUCAGCUUCAAGGACUGCAUCCCACGCUCCUUCCGGCUGCAGCUCCGGCGGCACAACGCGUUAACACGGCUGCGCCUACGGAGACUCUUCCGCAGGUUUGUGCGGGCCUUCCAGCCGGGCCACGUCUCCCAGCCGGUCAUCAUGGUCAAGUACCUGGCCACGCUGGAGCAGCUGGCACCCCGCUUCGGCACGGAGCGCGUGCUCGUGUGCCGGCUGGAGGAGCAGGCCCAGGCCGUGGGGGACCCCUGCUACAUCCAGGACGGGGGCCAGUCCCCCCCGGAGCCUGGGCCUGAAUUGGCCCCCGGACCCCCUACUCAUGAGGUGCUGGUGACAGGCACUGGUGGCAUCCGGUGGCGGCCAGUCCAGGCAGAGGGUCCCGGUGGCGAUGGUUGCAGCAGGAACCCCCGUGCUGGCCCAUCAGGGAAGAAAAGCAAGGCCCAGGAGGUGGGCAACCAGCCAGUGGACAGGCCUCAGGAAGCGCCAUGGGCCUACUUCUGUGACUUCCAGGACAUCACCCACGUGGUGCUGAAAGAGCGCCACGUCAGCAUCCACUGUCAGGACAAGUGCCUGGAGCUCACCCUGCCUUCCCGAGCUGUGGCCCUGUCCUUGGUGUCGCUGGUGGACGGCUAUUUCCGCCUGACGGCCGACUCGAGCCACUACCUGUGCCGGGAGGUGGCCCCUCCGCGGCUGGUGAUGAGCAUCCGGGAUGGCAUCCACGGGCCCUUGCUGGAGCCAUUCGUGCUGGCCAAGUUGCGGCCCGAAGAUGGUCUCUACCUCAUCCACUGGAGCACCAGCCACCUCAACCGUCUCAUCCUCACGGUGGCCCAGCGUGACCAGGCACCUGGCGGGCAGCAGCUGCACCUCCGUAAAUUCCCUAUUGAGCUGCGGGCCGGGAGCUUCGAGCUGGAGGGCUGGGACCGCUCCUUCCCGAGCGUGCGGGAGCUGCGCACCGCCCUGCAGGGCUGCUCGCUGCGGGCCGGGGACGACUGUUUCUCCCUGCGCCGCUGCUGCCUGCCACGGCCCGGAGAGCUCUCCAACCUCAUCAUCAUGCGUGGGUCUCGGGCCAGCCCUGGGCCACUCAACCUCAGCCAGCUCAGCUUCCACCGCGUCUGCCAGGAUGACAUUACCCAGCUGUCUCACUUGGGCCAAGGCACGAGGACCAAUGUGUAUGAGGGCAUCUUACGGGUGGGGGAAAGAGGCCCCAAGGAGGGCACGGCAGAUGGUGGGGACCCCCCCACGCCCAGUGGGGACCGUGGGCAGGAGCUACGAGUGGUACUCAAGGUGCUGGACCCCAGUCACCACGACAUCGCCCUGGCCUUCUACGAGACAGCCAGCCUCAUGAGCCAGGUCUCCCACGUGCACCUGGCCUUUGUGCACGGCGUCUGCGUGCACGGCUCUGAGAACAUCAUGGUGACAGAGUACGUGGAGCACGGACCCCUGGAUGUGUGGCUGCGGCGGGAGAGGGGCCACGUGCCUGUGGCCUGGAAGGUGGCAGUGGCCCAGCAGCUGGCCAGCGCUCUCAGCUACCUGGAAGACAAGAGCCUGGUUCAUGGUAAUGUGUGUGGCCGGAACAUCCUGCUGGCACGGCUGGGACUGGCGGAGGGCACCAGCCCCUUCAUCAAGCUGAGCGAUCCCGGUGUGGGCCUGGGCGCCCUUUCCAGGGAGGAGCGGGUAGAGAGGAUCCCCUGGACAGCCCCUGAGUGCCUGUCAGGUGGGGCCAGCACCCUAACCACUGCAGCUGACAAAUGGGGCUUUGGUGUCACCCUCCUGGAGAUCUGCUUCGACGGGGAGGCCCCUCUGCAGGGCCGCGGCCCUUCUGAGAAAGAGUGCUUCUACCAGAAGCAGCACCAGCUUCCUCAGCCCUCCUGCCCGGAGCUGGCCACACUCACCAGCCAGUGCCUGACCUAUGAACCAGCUCAGCGGCCCUCCUUCCGCACCAUCCUGCGUGACCUCACUCAGCUGCAGCCCCAGAAUCUUGCUGACGUCUUGGCUGUGAACCCCGACUCGCCUGCAUCAGACCCCACCGUUUUCCACAAGCGCUAUUUGAAAAAGAUCCGGGAUCUGGGCGAGGGUCAUUUCGGCAAGGUCAGUCUGUAUUGCUACGACCCGACUAACGACGGCACCGGCGAGAUGGUGGCUGUGAAGGCCCUCAAGGCGGGCGGGGGCCCCCAGCUCCGCACUGGCUGGCGGCGGGAGAUCGACAUCCUGCGCACGCUCUACCACAAGCACAUCGUCAAAUACAAGGGAUGCUGUGAGGACCAAGGAGAGAAGUCGGUGCAGCUCGUUAUGGAGUACGUGCCUCUGGGCAGCCUCCGGGACUACCUUCCCCGGCACAACGUCGGACUGGCCCAACUGCUACUCUUCGCCCAGCAGAUCUGUGAGGGCAUGGCCUACCUUCAUGCACAGCACUACGUCCACCGAGACCUGGCUGCCCGCAACGUGCUGCUGGACAACGACAGGCUGGUCAAAAUCGGGGACUUUGGCCUAGCCAAGGCUGUGCCUGAAGGCCAUGAGUACUACCGCGUGCGCGAAGAUGGGGACAGCCCCGUGUUCUGGUAUGCUCCAGAGUGCCUGAAGGAGUGUAAGUUCUACUAUGCAUCCGACGUCUGGUCCUUCGGGGUCACCAUGUAUGAGCUGCUGACCUACUGUGACUCCAGCCAGAGCCCCCCUUCGAAAUUCAUCGAGCUCAUAGGCCUCACCCAAGGGCAGAUGACGGUGCUGAGGCUCACUGAGCUGCUGGAACGAGGGGAGAGGCUGCCGCGGCCAGAGAAAUGCCCUUGCGAGAUCUACCUCCUCAUGAAGAACUGCUGGGAGGCAGAGGCCUCAUUCCGCCCCACUUUCCAGAACCUCAUCCCCAUUCUCAAGACGGUCCAGGAGAAAUACCAAGGCCAGGCCGCCUCAGUGUUCAAUGUGUGCUGAAGCCUCUACCACCAGCUCUCAGGGUAUUGGAGCAGACACCCAGGAGAGGGGCUCCCCGCCCCGAGAGGAUCCCAAGGGGGAGAGGUCGGCCUCACCAUUCCCCGUGCCUUAUUCUGUCUGGAGACCCCACCUCUGUGAACGGACUUUCCUUCUGUCUUAGUCCGCUCGGGUUGCUUUACCAACACCUCUGGUGGGGGCGCUCACCAACAAAUGUAUUUCUGACAGCUCUGGAGGCUGAGACAUCCAAGAUCAAGACACCAGCAUGGUCACUUUCUGGUGAAGGCCCUCUUGGUUCGGAGCCCACACCUGCUGGCUGUGUCCUCACAGGGUGGGAGAGGGCUAGGGAGCUCUCUGGAGUCUCUUUUGUAAAGACGCUUCUGAAGGUUCCACCUCAUGGUCUAGCAGCUGCCAAAGGCCCGCCUCCUAAUACCAUCACACUGAGCGUUAGGAUUUCAAUGUAAGGAUUCUGAUGGGCGCUUGGGUGGCUCAGCCGCUUAAGCAUCCGACUCUUGAUCUCAGCUCAGGUCUUGAUCUCGGGGUUGUGAAUUCAAGCCCUGCGUGGGGCUCUGCACCAGGCGUGAAGCCUACUUUAAAAAAAUUUUUUUUGAGGGGAUGCACACCUUCAGACUAUAGCACCUUCCGUGGUUAUGAGCCUGGGGCAGACCCCUGAGGGACCCAGGACCAGCAAGGACCUACUCAGGCCUUCGAACCCGAUUUUUUUACCUCCCCGCCUCCCCCGCCAGCUCCCACCCUCAGGACCCACCAUUUCCGCUAGCUGGUAAUAAACUCCUAUUUUCUCUGCUGGAGGCUGUGGUCCUUGGGCCCUUCUGCAGCAGGUGUUUGCGCCCCUGGGGAUUGCAGCCGGAGCAAAGUUUCUGCAGAAAAAAACCUGGCUGAACUCUUUAAGCUUUGUUCACCUCGGAAUCACCAGCGAGCAGCAGGCCAGUACCUGGAACACAGAGGGCUCUCAAUAACUACGUGCCAAAUAGGUGAAUUGCAGGGGCGGGGAGAGGGGGUACAUACCACGUAGAUGAGUGCCAGACCUACCCUUUCCUCCCCUGUGUGACUUCAGGUGAAUGGCUUUCCCUCUCUGGGCCUUAUUCCUCAACUAUGACCUGGGGGUGGUCAUGCUCACCACUGCAGCGGACUAAUGUAAAUAGCUAAUGAGGUCCUUCAUGUCAGACUCCUAGCAAAGAUACCUGCAAACAAAUACUUAAUAAACAUUUGAUAUUGUUGUUAA